AUGUCCGCUUCGGGCGGCAAUAAUGUCGUUCUUGUCUCCGUCACCAGUUCCGACCUCUCUCUGGACAACAGCUGGAACUUCCUCAGUAGCGGGAGCGAGACCGUCGCCAUUGCCACCAGCGCCGCAUCUGGUUCCCUGAAAUUCAGCGGUGGGUUUUGCUCAUCAGACCUUUCUGAACUACAGUCUCGAGCUCUACAACAUGCAGGCACACAGGUCGGGGUCUAUGGUCUGCUCGCGCCUCAACAGCCUGUCAUGUCUACAUACAGCAUAGAUGGGUCGACGCCUUACACGUACACUACUCCCGCAGACGGGUCGAAUGGAACCUCCCAAACCUCCUUCGGAUUCUUCGUCUCACCUGAGCUCAAUGCCGGUGAACAUACCCUGGUGUUUAAUGCAACCAAUGCUACCGCGACCGCCGCGUUCACGGUCCAGUAUCUUCUAUACGUUACCAGCGUGAAACCGACAGGAAGUGGAGUCUCUAUGACUUCUGGUUCCCUUGGCCCACAGUCAACAACAAUCAUCGUCACCGAGUCCGGAGGGUCAAGCACACCGGUUGGUCCCAUAGUGGGCGGUGUGGUCGGUGGUGUGGCUGGUUUGGUGAUUUUCGCCUUGCUGGGCUAUUUUUUGUACAUGAGACGCAGGAGAGGACAGGCGUACUUCUACCAAUCAGCGGCUGUCAAGGAUAUGCUCGACAAUGAGGGUAAACCUAUUGUUGAGCCAUACCCCAUCCAAGCUAUCGUCGCUCCAAGCUUUCCUCAGCCCUCCGGCCAUAUGCCCAAGGGCUCUGUUACGAACAUGUCUCCUCCAAGUGAGAUCGGUCAGAGCAGUACUUAUCGGCCCCAAUCGAUUCAUGCGUCGUCUUCAGCGGCUGGCUCCUCCAGCGGGUCACGACCAUCGCUUACUUUACAUAUGGCAUCGGUGCCUGUGUUCUCAUCUCCAAAUCAGGCCAACAGCAAGGCAGCGGAGGCUGGUCUACUCUCUAUUGCACAGCCUACCAAUUACCACUCUGACUCUGGGAUGCGAUUCGGGGCUUCCGGGGAACCUUCGUCGUCAAGUAGACCUGCGCAUGAUGUACCGGUAGACGUUCCUCCUUCAUAUUCAGAGAAUUGA